AUGUAUGAUUCCGGUACAGAUGAUACGCUUGCUCUAGAUUUUGUCAAUUCAGGAGAAGCAAUUGGGGUGUUUGAACUGGACAAGGAUUUGAUAAUUUCAAAAACUAAUCAAAGGGAGGUUAUGGUUGGCCAAGUAUAUAAGGAUAAGGCUACAUUGAAAGAGGUGGUGGAGAAUUAUGCUAUAUCUCAAAGGUUUCAAUUCCAGGUUGAUAGGUCUAAUUCUGUCAGCUAUGCAUUAAUAUGUAUGUCAGAAGAUUGUGAAUGGAAGUUUAAGGCUUCGAGCAUUAACAAAUCAGAACUAGUCAAAGUGAGAGAGUUUAUUGAUAACCGUACAUGUCCGCUUAAAGACAAGGUGUAUGAGCAGCGACAGGCAAGUAGCAGCCUUAUAGGUGGUAUGAUUAGGCCUAAGCUUACUAAUCAUAAGAGGAAAUACACCCCAAAGGAUAUUAUUGAUGAUGUGAAAUCAGAUUUAGGUGUUGAUGUUAGCUACAUAUUGGCGUGGCGGGCUAAAGAAAAGGCAAUGAAUUUUUUGAGAGGUGAACCGGCUGAUUCAUACAAAAAACUACCAAGAUACUUAUAUACAAUGGAUAAGACAUAUCCAGGUUCGCACAUUAAAAUGGGGUUUGAUCAUUGUAGACCCAUUGUGGUUGUCGAUGGAAGUCACCUAAAAUCUUGCUACACCGGGACAUUCGUCUCGGCAAGCACGUUGGAUGGUGCAGAGAAAGAUGCUGCUUGGACGUGGUUCUUUGAGCAAUUCAAGAUAGCAUACGGUGACAGGGAAAACAUGUGCAUCGUUUCAGAUAGAAAUGAGAGUAUCAUUAAAUCUGUAUCGAGAGUGUAUCCAGAUGUACCGCAUUUUGCCUGUAUAUGGCAUCUAUGGAACAACGUAUAUAAGAAAUUCAAAAGGAGCCAUGCAAAGUUGAGCGAGAUAUACUUCUCGAUGGCAAAAGCAUACACACAAGCUGAAUUUGACAGUCUGAUGGAGAAGUUGGAGACGGUAGAUAUUAGGGUGAAAGAAUACUUGGAGUUAGCUGGAUAA